AUGACUCGUUUAAUAGCAACCGUGACAGCACCUGCGCAACCAGCGGCAGCUAUCCGCCACGCCGACCCCUUGGCCGAUCUGACUUUGCUACUUUCCCGUCUGCAACGAACCAUCCUCCAUGCCGAUACCGUGCGCGAGGAGCGCUUGCGCAGGAGUGAGCUUGAGAGGGCCAAGGCUCGCGCGAACGUGAGGCAUGCCCGCGAGCUACUCACCCGCCUGGAGCAGGACUCCCUGUCGUCCUCUCCGAAUGUUAGUGUUGGUGUCGGGGUCAAACUUCCUGUCUCGGGCCCGAGAGGGGGUGUGCCGCAGGCCGAGUUAGCGCAGAAGAAGGAGUUAUUGGAGAGAGUAGAGGAGAGGCUGGCUGAUUUGGAGGAGAUGGCUGCUGCUGAGGCUGCGAAGGAGACGGAGUCUGGGGAGGAGAGUGAAGAAGGAGAGGAUUUGCUUGCUGGGGUUGUCGACAUAUCGAGCGAGGAAAAGGCUGAAGAGGGGCAAGAGGGGGAUGGUGAUGUCGAGGGGAGCCAAAAGACCGAGCAGGACGCCCCGACAGAGCCAACAGCAUCCCCAGCUAUGACAACAACAUACCCCACGACGACACCCCCAAUACCAACAGUAACACCCACACCAGCCCAAGCCCCAGCCCCAGCCCCGACCCCAACAACAACCACAACCUCUACCCUUCGUCCUCGUGGUGCACCCCCCGCUCCAACCGCCACCUCCACCUCCACGGCAACCUCCCUCCUCCCCAGCGCAUCCUCCCCCACAACUCAAGUAAUCCCCACCACAACCGAAGCAAUCCUCGACCACCACCGCGCCGAGCAGGACGCUCUCUCCGAGUCAAUCCUCUCCCUCGCCGCGCAGCUCAAAGCUCAAACUCAAGCGUUCAGCGCCUCACUUGAGGAGGAUAGGGAAGUGGUUGAGCGCGCGGGGAGGGAGAUGGCACGGACGGGGGAGAAGAUGGAUGGCGUGACACAGAAGAUGGGGACGUUGAGACGGUUAACGGAGGGGGAGGGGUUCUGGGGGCGGGUGAGGUUGUAUUGUAUGGUAUAUGGGUUGAUGAUUGUGUUGAUUUUGUUUGUGGGGGUUAUGCCUAAGUUGAGGUUUUGA